CCGAGAUCGUGACAAACCAGCGUGGCACCGGACAUCAAAGAUAAGGAGAAAGCGAGCGGAGAGAAUUGAACUGCCCCAACAAUACAUCAAAGCUGCCUUAGUUUUCGACGAAACCUUUCACGCGCCUUUUAGUCUUGAAGACGAAACAAUGCAAAGGUUUGCAGUUAAUCUCACCAAGGAGGUGGAUCAGACAUUCAGGCAGCUUAAUAUCAGGGUUCUAUCAGUUACCAUGGAAACAUGGACCUCGAAAGAGCACAUGAAUGUUUCAUCUCCGCAUCAUCUUCUAGAAAGGUUCCGCGACUACGGCACUUCCCUACCAAAAUAUCAUGAUAUUGCCUUUUUACUUGUGUUUAAUUCAUCCGAUAUGGCAAAAUCAAUGACAAGUUUUGAUUCAAUUUGCCACCGCAAUCCGCCGGCAGCCGGUGUUAUUUGGGUUUCAGAUAUUAAAAAGCCAUCGAGGAUCGCAACUUUGAUAUCAAGAGGAAUAGCAACAAGCCUAGGACUAUUAGAAGAAACAGAUGCCUGUCAGUGUGAAAACCAUAGUUGUCUCAUGAACGUGUCUACAAUUAGUGGAAAUCCCGGGUUCUCUGACUGUAGUGAUCAAACAUUCCAAGCUGCCUAUAAUAGAGGGAAAUUUUGGUGUCUUGACACUCCACCAAGAAAUAUCGAGCUGAUAGAAGCACCCCUGUGCGGCAAUGGAAUAGUCGAAACUGGAGAAGAAUGUGACUGUGGAAAUUAUACGGCAUGUUUGUCCUGCUGUCAAGCUUGUGUUCUAAUAGAAGGCGCUGAGUGUGCAGGAGGAAGCUGUUGCAAUAGACAAUGUAAGUUAUUAAUGGCUGGUUCCAUCUGUAGAGAACGCCAAGGAUCAUGCGACAUUCCAGAGUAUUGCUCGGGUACAUUCGGAAACUGCCCUAAAAACGUAGUGCUUCAUGAUGGAGCUCCUUGUAAGAAAAAGGGGAUGUGCAAUGCUGGAGUUUGUCAAACAAUGCAAGAUCAAUGCUCACAUCUAUGGGGUGAAGGUAGCAGGCUAGCUGGGGAUACAUGCUUACCCAACGUUACGGCAGAAAUGCUUGAAAGGACGCCUAAUUACAGGGAUACUAAAUGCGGGCUUCUCUCGUGUGACGUCACUGAUGUAGACAUGACGUCAUUACAAGCUCGUUCUCUCAUGGAGUUGGCAAGCUGGGCUACAAACAAUCUCCAAUGCAAGUAA